CAAAAAGAAACCUUUUGCUCCUGAUCAUCAAAGCAUUGAUUGAUAACUAAAGUGUACCCGUUCUUUUUUGGAAGCUCCUUGCCAUUGGUGAAGACUGAUAUGAAGAAGAUUCAACCAGAACUGUCGAAGGAAAUGAAAUCAUCUCUAUCUCCAUCAUCAUUCAAGAAGAAGUAUAAGGGUGUAAGAAUGAGGAGCUGGGGUUCUUGGGUGUCAGAGAUUAGGGCUCCAAAUCAGAAGACAAGAAUCUGGUUAGGGUCUUAUUCUACUGCAGAAGCUGCCGCAAGAGCCUAUGAUGCUGCACUUGUAUGCCUCAAAGGCUCAUCGGCAAAUCUCAACUUCCCCAUCACAUCCUCUCAUUACAUCCCUGAUAGCGUUUUGUCUCCCAAGUCAAUACAAAGAGUGGCCGCUGCGGCUGCAAAUAGUUUCGUCAACAGUGCCGCCGCCCCACCGAUAUCGCCGCCACCUUCCUCCGCAUCCUCCUCUUCAUCGGUCUCUUCCCCGUCUAUGUCCUCACCAUAUGAUCAAGCUGUUGAUGAAGAUGAUGAUUUCAUGUCACUGAUACAAUCUCUUGUAGCAAACGAUGAGCCUGUUUCUCUGAUGGAACCAUGGUACCCCUCCCUUGAUCAGAUGUUGAAUGUGUCUUCAUUUCAUGCACCCUCAACGAUCAAUGAUUUCUACGAGGAAGGCGAUGAUCUUCGCCUAUGGAGUUUUUGCUAAGGCAAAUAGGGAAAAAAACAGUCAAGCAUUAAACCAUUCUUUUAUUCUUUCCUAUUCAUUGAUA